AUGAUGAACGAAUCUAAUACAUUAACUACUACAAUUUUUACUGGAAACUCUAAUCAUGAUAUAAUAAAAGACCCUCCAACACCUUCAGUUAUAUCGUGGACAACAGAUGAUGUUGCAAAAUGGCUUGCGUCUUUAAAUUUAUCAAAAUUUAUUGACAAAUUUUGUACAGAAAAUGGUAUCGAUGGUCUAACAUUACUUCUUAUGAAAGAAGAUGAUCUUAAACAAUCACCUUUAUCAAUUAAACGUUUAUGUGAUAUUAAAAAAUUAUGGUAUCAUAUACGUUUACUUCAAUGUAAACAUAAUGAUUUUUAUUCAAAUUUUGAUAAUGAAACAGCAAAACAUAAUCAUUCAUCAUUAUCACCAACACAUUUACUUGAAACAAAUUUUCAUAAUACACAAUGCUCAUGUCAUAUAAAUAAAGAAAAAACAGUUUUUAAAACAUUAAAAGGAGAAAAACGUAAAACAUUUGCUAGUUUUAUUUAUGCAUUAAUUAUUGGUAUAUGGACAUCAUUUAUUAUGGUUGUUGUACAUAAUCGUGUACCAAAUGUACAAAAAUAUCCACCACUGCCUGAUCUAUUUCUUGAUAAUAUUCCACGUAUUAGUUGGGCAUUUGCUGUAAGUGAAUUUUUAAUUGUCGUUAUGGGUACAGCAUUUUUACUAAUUUUAAUGUUUCACAAAUAUUGGAUUGUCAUACUUCGACGAUUUUUUGCUCUUGGUGGUACUAUCUUUUUUCUUCGAUCAAUUACUAUGUUGGUUACAUCAUUGAGUGUUCCCGGUCCUCAUCUUGAAUGUAUUCCAGAACAAUAUGGAACAACUCGAGAAAUUUUUUCACGUUGGCUUCAAAUAUUUAUUUUUCAAGGAUUAUCAAUACAUGGUAUACGAUCAUGUGGUGAUUAUAUGUUUUCAGGUCAUACAGUUAUGUUAACAUUAUUAAAUCAUUGUAUAACAGAAUAUACAACAUCUGAUUUUUAUGUUAUUCAUCUUCUUUCAUGGUUUUGUAAUAUAUUUGGUAUGGUAUUAAUUUUAGCAGCGCAUGAACAUUAUUCAAUUGAUGUAUUCAUUGCAUUCUUUUUAACAAGUCGUCUUUUUCUUUAUUAUCAUUCAUUAGCUAAUAAUGCUGUCUUACAUUCGGUGUCAGACAAUCGUUUAUCAAUAUGGUUUCCAAUGUUUUCAUAUUUUGAAAAAAAUAUUCAAUGUAUGGUACCUAAUGUAUUUCGUAUUCCAUGGCCGUUAUCAUUGAUUUAUUCGAAUACUGACGACCAAGAAGCUACAAAUUCGAUUGCUGAAUUCAAUAAUGAUAAAUCUAAUCGUCAACGUAAACAACAAUAA